GUGAUGGAAAAGAAAGAAUAUCUUUUACGUACCCCCCCAGUUUGGCAACCUUUUUUGAAAUGAUACAAAGUAAAAUGUCUCUGUUCAGAAAAGAAAAAUUAACUUCUAAUGAAUUUUAUAAUCAGUGGAGUUAUAGGAAUGAACAUAAAAAGAAAAAGCUAAACAAUAAAUUUUUAAAUAGAGUAAAAACUCUCGACAAAACUCUAAAUCUAAAUAAAGAAUUUUUUGUUCUGAAUGUACUCGAAAAAAGAACUAGAUUGUGUAAUGAUAAGACUAAAAAAGAAUACUUAACAAAAAUAUAUGAUCCUUUCUUGAAUGGACCCUACCGGGGACGGAUCAAAAAAUUGUUUACACCUUCAAUCAUAAAUGAAGCUUCUAUAAAAAAUUACAUAGAAAGGGUUUGUAUAAAUAAAAUUCAUGGUAUCCUUCUUAUUAUUAAUUACUUAGAAUUUGAACAAAAAACAAAUCCAUUUGAUAUAAAUGAUAGAAAAUCAUUAGUAACAGAAAUCGGUUAUUUAUUGAAUUUAAUCAAUGAAUUGGCUGUAAAAUCAACAUCAAGUUUAAAUUUUCAAAGAAUUUUUUUAGUUCCAGAACACGAACAAGUAAGAAUUCAUUCAGAGGAUCAAUUUAAAAUUUUAAAUUUUUUAUUCGAUGCAGUUAGAACUGUUCCGAACGAUAAAACAAUAAAAAAAAAAUCUAUUGAAAUAAAAGAAAUUAAUAAAAAAGUUCCUCGGUGGUCAUACAAAUUAAUCACCGAUUUAGAACAACAAGAGGGAGAAACCGAGGAAAGUGUGGUAGAGGAUCAUGAGAUUCGUUCAAGAAAAGCCAAACGCGUAGUAAUUUUUACUGAUAACCACCAGAAUACUGAUGCUUAUACCAAUACCCAAGAAACUAAUAAUACUGAUCAAACAGCCGAAAUUGCUUUAAUACGUUAUUCACAACAACCGGACUUUCGUCGAGACAUAAUCAAAGGCUCUAUGCGCGCUCAAAGGCGUAAAACAGUUACUUGGAAACUUUUUCAAGCAAAUGUGCAUUCCCCUCUUUUUUUGGACCGAAUAGACAAAUCUUUUUUUUUUUUUUUUUUUUUAUUUUUCAGCCGGUAUGAAAAUAAUUUUUAGAAAUUGGAUGCGGAAAAACACAGAAUUUUCGGAUUAUACAGAGAAAAAAACAAAA